CUCUGGCUCGGGCAAUGUGGGUAACCAUGCCCCACGUAAAGACAAUAAACUUAAACUUAAAACUAAACUAUUUGUAAUGUAACAUGAAAUUCUCUCUGCUGAAUAAACCAGUAAGUGAAGACUAGCUGGGGAAGAAAAAAUCUGCAGUCAAAUCUUGAGGAGUGAGCGGCGUAUACGGAGUGAAUACGUGCGCACGUAUUUUGUGUUAGAAAUAUCACUUCCGCUUCCUUCAGCUUGUAAUCUUAUCUUCGCGGAAACGGUUUUUUCUGGCUUAAGGACGGGUGAACAGCAACGGUUUUAAAAAUUAAACAAAGUGGAAAACUGAUUUAUACAAGACUCGAAUUUGAUGAUCUCUUGAAAUAGGUCGAGCGUUUGUACGGAUUUUUUCUUAGUCUAGACGGCCAUUGACAUUCUUGAGCAAUACGCAUGUCACGUGAAAAGUCAUCCUGUGGUUAGGCAUCAAUAUUGGUUGACUAAAACCUUUAACAACAAAAAAGGUUUUUACCCUUGACUUAUGAAGUGGUGAUCGCUAACAUUUUAUUAAUAAUGAUCUUCUGUUAUUCCUCAGAUGCGAGGGCAACAUAUAGUGUAUUGAUUCUCUUCUCAGUGAAAUGUAUUUAUGCCCAACAGUCAGUGGUCAAAUCUGGCCAUAACCGGAAUUUGAUUAUCUUUUUUUCUAGAGCGAUGAGCGGUGCUUUGACAAUUUAGCUGAUUAGCGCCAAAUGUUGACUUCGAUACGAGAUCAACACGAUAUUUGGCAUGAUAUGGGACUUUUGACUGUGACGGUUGCUAUACAUGUGAAAUUUUGAUAGUCGUGAUAUGUGCUCGACGAAAAUUCUCUCUCCCGGCCUUUUCAAGCUCCUGAAAUCGAUAGCAUGUAAUAUCUGGAAAAUAGGAGAAAGAGAUUUCGUCAUUUAGUCUGAAAACAUCUCUCUGCUUUAUUAAGAGCUAUAGAAAAAUGUGUUCAGGAAGCAAGCUGUCCUGUGUGAGUAGUGAAAAUGCCUGGCGCUUUCCUCUGUCAUCGGGAUUGCUUGGGUUUAUGUUGGGAAUGUCAACUUUUGGUGCAGCGAUGAAACUGUCCGAAUAUAAGGAAAGCCCUAGUCUUCCUCCACUGAUAGCUGCAAUACCAAUGUUAAGUGCAGGUCUUACUGGUAUGGUAGGAGGACGAAUGAGAAAACGUUGGCUGAUUUCACUGCACAUGGCUCUUUGCUUGGUUACAGGAGUCUUUGGUCUUCAUCUUAUCUUUCUUUUCAUGGGGAGAGAAGUUGAGUCGAGAAAUAUUCAUAAGGCUAAAUGUCAGUCCAACUACCAGGGAUCUUAUUACUGCCACAGAUACGCGACAACCAUUGCUUUGUCUGGGCUAUCUGUUCUGGCUAUUACGUUGGCUCCCUUAGGAAUUCUAUCUUAUGUUGUCAUAAGGCGAAUAUCCGCGUAUAACGUCAAUGAAGUGCUGGAGGCAAACAAUCCAGCCUUUGACGCCGAACCAUCUCCGACUAAGAGAACAGGUGAAGACCAAGUAGAUUAUCAGCAUCAACGAGUUUUUGAUAGAGCUGCAAAUCACCCACCUAAAGCUGAGCCUAAAUCACAGACUCACCGACCAGUUAACCUUAGAAAUUCACAUGGAGGUGAGUGUCCUCCACCCAAUCACAAAGAACCAUUCGGUAGUGAUCGAGUAGCAACUAAUUCAGCUAUGACUCAACAUAAAAUGCAGAAUUACCAAAUUCUUCACUAUAAGAAGUCAGAUGACGAUAUGCGACUUUCGCCCAAUCAAAAACAACCUUAUAGUCGUGAUCAGGUUGGAAUUCAUCAACCCAGUGCUCAACCCAAACCACAGAAUCACCGCCCGCUUCAACAUGAAAACUCACAUGGCGAUAAACGACUUCCGCUCAACCACAAGCAGUCGGCAGGUGGUAAUCGGGCACAGAAUCAGUCAUCUAAAGUUGAUCCAAGACCGCCGAAUCACCGAGCACUUUACCAUAAGAACUUUCGUGACAAUAUGCGACUUCCUCCCAGUUACAAACAACCUGACGAUCGCAAUCGAGUGUCGAUUGAACCUCGUAAAAAUGAAUCCCAACCCAAGAACCACCGACUACCUCACAAUAAAUAUCAACAUGACGAUGUGCGAUUCGCAGAAAGAGACGUGAAUCACAUACAGCCCCUCGGAAACAGACCUUCCCGUGACUUCAUGAAGUACAGUAGGGACAGAUAUCGCCAGCAAAACAUGGAUCAAGUAUCCAGAGCACCAACAACACGGUUUGGACAAAGUCACGUGCCACUGGCCGGUGUCAAAGUAGCGAAAGGUAUAUCGAACAUGACAGAUACCUCGUUUGCAUGAAGGGGCGUGUAUAUUCUACAAUCGUUUGUAGAACACACAGAAUAAAUACAUGAUGUAGAGGCUAUGAACGAGGUGGGUUACGCCCAUACCAGUUUUUUCCCUGACGUUUCGUUAGGAAACACGACACAGAGAGAUUUUCAGCAGGUUUCUUUAUAGGAGAAUUACUCCAUCUUUUAUUUCAUCUUUUUUUUUUCAGUAUUUAUUUGCGCCGAAAUUAAAUCUAGAUCUGUUGCCAUUAUCAAUCUUUUUCACCCAUUUUUUUUGUAAACUGGUGAUAUCUUUAUUAAAAAGAACGAAUAAAAUAUAUUGAUUAACCUG